AGUGUGGAGAGGGAUCGCCUCCGCGAAAGGGAGCGGAAAGCGAGGGCACAAAUGUCCUCCCAACAAGUAGAACAGGAAGCGUCUCCUCUGUUCGGCAAUCUAGUCAGGGUGGAUCCGUCUACGGAUGAUAGGCUGACGCAAAAUAUACGCAAUACCUUGGGCGAUUAUAAAGAAUAUCUGGAGAGUACCGCUGUCGCUCAGCGCUUCCAGACAGGAGAAUUUAAAAAGCCGACGGGGAGCGGAGGUCGUCUUCCAGGUCAAAGUGGUAGCGGCCAUCAUCAGGUGGUCGCCCCGGCUGCCGCAGCGGGGAGCAGCAGGGGCGGUUACGUGAAACCCGCCGCCGAAGGAAAACCGCCCCACGAGGGCGGCAGAAGUUCCUAUCCCGGUCAGCCAAUCAAAAACCGGUCGAACGGACUUCUGCCACCUAAGGGACCACCAUCGUCGUCGUCCUCUUCGUCCUUGCUGCAACCACCCUCCUCUACGUCGCCCAUCGGUGGCCCAUCCUCCAGGUCUCAUACCAGGACGAGGACACCCACUCAGCCACAGACUAUCAGAGAUCCCAGCGCCACACCAGCAUCUCAAGAAUUGGGGAACAUCUUCAAAGAGAUGAUAAACAUGAAGACGCCGCUUACGGCGAUAGCGGCGACACCUAGGAUAGAAACUGAUAGCAAAUACAGCUACAACCCUGACCUGGCGAAGCUGGCCGAAAUGUCUUCACUCUCGCCGAUGCCAACCAAAAAACGGGACCGACCGCAGCAGUCGUCUGCGCCGACAGCCUUCUUUCCGCCACCAAUGAUGUUAUCGCCUAUAGCUAGGACACCGGCAAGUAGUUCGAUGCAGGUGGAUAGGUUACCACCUCCACCGAUGGUAGCACCACUCUCAUCCAUGAGUUCAUCUAGCGGAUCGGGUUCGGACACGGGUUCAGGAUCGGAGAGCGACUCCUCUAGUGAUGAUUCGACGGAGGAGGGCGUUCCUGCUUCGGUGGGUGCAGUCGUCCCAGUCCCCGCCGUCCUCGAACCGAUACCUGCCUCUCCGAAGAUGAUGGUUGUGGAGGAGGAGUCCAAGCACCGUUGGAAUCUCGGCUCCUACAUGGAAAGGAAUGCCGUGAGCCACGACCCUCAACCUCUUCUAUCGCCAUUACCAGAAGUUCGUAACCACCAGACUCCAGCUUCAGCUGAUGACCUGGACAGCGUCGAUCUGGAUCGGGCUGUGCGAGAGGCCUUCGCCUCGACGAUCAUCUCAUUUGCCCCCCUGUCGCGAUACUCAGACUCCGAGAACGAAAAGGAGAAACGUUUGCCCGUUAAAGCGAAGUCGAAAGUGCCUAUUGUGUCUGAUAGUGGUAGUGACGUGGAAGCCAAGACGAGGACAAAGCUUCCGGCGAAAAGCAUUGCUCCACCUAUUAUGUCCAUACAAAAGUCGCAGCUAUUGGAUAACAGCAGCGACGACAACAUCCACAAGCGUCACGAGGCGCCAAUAAAGAAACCGGAAGUACCGGUAAUCGUUAAAGCGAAAACGAAUCGCGGUCGUCCGAGGAAAGUGAAGGGCGGUUCAGAUCAGGAAAUAAAAACUAAAAGACGAGGGAGACCGCCAGGUUCUAAAACAAGAAACUCUCCAAGUGGCUCAGAGAACGAUACAACGACGCCCGCCAUCAAGAAGAGAGGGAGGCCACCACUAAAACCGAAAAGACCACCAUCACUGAGCAGCUCAUCAGAUGAUGAUGAUGAUGACCAUCGACCCACCAAACAGACCUUGGAGAAACCAUUAUCUGUUCCAAAUCGCUCACUCCCUAAAAGGGAUUCCUCUUCAAGUUCGGACUCGGAUGUCUCCCAAAAGUCUCAUAAGAAGGCACCGACGACAAAAAAAUCACUAAAACAUAAAUCUCCUCGUAGCGAGGAGAAGAAACGAAAAAAAAUGGAAACUGAAUCCCAGGAUAUCGGUCAGCCGGGUAAGGUUAAAACAAAGAAGUUUUUAUUUGACAAAAGUCAAGAAGCUGCAGCUACAACGAGGAGACCGACGGAGACGUCGUGUACGACGGAAACGACGGUACCGGUGAAGCGAAAGGGACGGUCGAAUUCGGGUCUGAAGAGCGCUGCUCUUUUGCCAACAACAACAGACACCGAUUCUGAUGACUCAGAUGCUGGUAGAAAGAACAAGAAACCCGCACCGGUGAUUAAGGCGCAUUCGUCGAGCUCGAGCUCAGACAGCGACUCCGAUUCGGCUGAUUCGAGUAAAAAAGUUCAGACCGAACGACAAGAUAAGAAAAAAACGGACACUCUUAGAAAGUUGUUCAUGUCGACUAAGCGGGACCACGAGGGUGCCGGCGGCAAGGGAGGCGGUAAAGGUAAAGGCAAAUGCGGGGUGAAUGUGAUAGUGUUGGACGGCGACUACGAGAGGAGUAGUUCCUCGGUGGAAGACGUGAGAGUCUCACCAAAUGUCAUCCAGCAAACACCCGCGCACGACGAGCUGAAGAGCACGCAACCGCCUCCAUUGAAGAUAAAAAAGACUGAAACGCAAAGUAGCGAAAAACCGAGUCUGAUGGUGCGAAUCGAUCUCUCGCGACUCUCUUACGUUCCUCCGAAGAAACGAUCGGACGAUCCGGGUCGACCCCACGGUGAUGCUUCCAUGGACGCAACACGGAAGCAGCAAUUGCACAAAAAAACGCGCGAAAUGAGCAGUGAUCUUAAGCAUAGUGAUAGUGAGGCGGACAGUAAGUGCGCGAGGACGACGAACGCGACGACGACCUCCGCUGCUGCAACGGCGAUGACGCUCGACAGCGAUAGUGAAUUUAAUAAAAAGUCGAUAAUAAAGUCGACGGAUUCGUCAUCCGAAAUGAAGAGUCACCACAGGCAUCGCAGCCAACACCAACACCACCAUCACCAGCAAAAACGGAAACGCGACAAUAGCUGUAGUAGCAGCAUGUCGUCGAUGUCGACGGUCAGCAGCAUGUCCUAUAAUAGCAACAGCCAUAAAAAGGAGCACAAAAGUGGUGGACAUAAGAGCAAAAGGAGGAAAGACGGAGAGACGGAAACGAACACCUUCUCCACGUCCUCCUCCUCCUUAGCGACUGCUGCAGCUGCAUCCUCCGGCAAGCAGCAUCAUCAUCAUAACAGCCACCACCAGCAACAGCAGCAGCAGCAGCACGAAGGACCACGCACUCCACCGUUGCCUUCCUCAGCCGAGCGUAGCAACGGAAGCAGCUGGUCUCAACCUCCUCCCAGGGAGUACCACUCGUACUUUGAGAAGGCCGAUGAGCUCUCCGACGAAGAACGAGACCAAAACACGUACCUGAAUGAAGCCAAGAGGCUAAAGCGCUCGGCUGACAAAGAAGGUGACACUAUUAAACAGUGCAUGUUAUACCUAGAGGCGGUUCUCUAUUUUCUUCUCACCGGAAACGCCAUGGAACACGAAAACUAUUCGGAGAAGGCGGCGUUUACAAUGUACAAGGACACCCUUAGUUUAAUUAAGUUUAUAUCAUCGAAGUUUAGAAAUCAGCAGUUAACUUCUCCUGUACACAAUAAAUUGGCGGUAUUAAGUUAUCGGUGUCAGGCAUUACUCUAUUUUAAAUUGUUUAAAAUGAAGAAGCAGGAGUCGAAAGAGUGCCAGAAGGUUAUAUUGGAAUACAACAAUAAGUGCAUACAUCAACAGCAAAUCCAACAAGGUCAGGCUACCAUUAUUCAUGUGCCACCAGAGCAGAUGCACUGUUUGGCGAGCGGACAGCCGGGUCAGCUGGUGGUGGCGCAGGGACAAGGAACGCCUUCCCCGUUGUCGCCGACGCCAUCGCCAGCGGGUAGCGUAGGGUCGGUGGGCAGCCAAUCGUCGGGCUACGGAAGCAGCGAGUUGGUGGCCGGACGUCCUAGCAGCCAAUCGUCUUCCGCCUCGGCACCGUUACACAACCCCAUUCCAGUUCCGCCUCCAGUCACCUGCGUGCUCGUGCCAUUAACAGUCAACGCCUGCAUCCUGAAGCUGGACAAUAAUAUGGGUUACUUCUUAUCCUGCCAGGAUCUCUGGGAUCAGGCGGAUAGUAUAGUCAAAGGAAAACAUGUCGACUUUUUUAUCGAAUUGGAUCGCCACUGUAUGCCGUUGUCGUUGCACAGUUCGCUGAAAGAGCUGGUGAGGUACGUGAGGGCGGGAAUCGCUCGUGUCAAGAAGGAGAACUGAUGAAUUUCUGUGAAGUGGAGGAGCAGUACGGGAUGGAAGAGAAGGCGUUGGAGUCUUAGGAAAUUAGGGAAAGAAAAAAAAAUGCCAAAGAUUGCAUCAAGUCAAUUUUAACGUCAAUGAUGUGGUGGAUGCGGGCGGGAACCCGGGAACGCCACACCUCCACCACUCUUCUGUUCACUAACUCUAUAAGUACGCGAUGAUACGUAUAAAAUAAUAUACAAUGGAGAUCGGUGCGCGCUUGAAUAUUGUCCACAAAUCAACAUAACAAUGAAACAAGCUACAAUUGAAAAUCUAUUUGUAUAUGUACAUACAAUUUAGGGAUAAUACUACAACUUGGUGCUUGGACCCUAGUUCAAAUCUCUCUCUCUUUACAUAAUAAAUACGUGUGUAUGUAUUAUAUAUAUAUACGUAUAAUUUUGAUUGCCUUAGAGUGGUGCAAAUUCCAAGGGAAGAGAGAAAAUGAAAUAAUACAAAAAAGAUACAUAACAAAUAUAUGUAUAUAUUUAUUAUAUAUCUACC